AUGACAUGGCAACCCCCAACCCCCGCCGGCGCAAACUUCCUUAGCCAACACGACACCGAACAACAACAAUACGAACAACUCACAAGCAACAUGACCAGUUCAUCAUCUGCGAUCCCCGGUGGCCACGCAUCCACUACUAGCGGCGGAAUACCUGGAGAAUAUGAAUCCAAUACUCCACAUAGUGGACAUCAAGGACCGACUACACUUACACCCCAACACCUAGCCGGUAGUUCCAGCGCUGGCCCCAGCAACGAUGCCAGCGCGGGGUGGUUCGACGCGCCGAGAGUAUAUCAGCAAUCGCCACAGGGACAAGGAUCGGGGCACAAACAAGCAGGAGGAGGAUUAGGAGGAAGCGGCAGUGGUAGUGGUAUAACUCCCAGCAAAUCCAUGCUGGAAACAAGAAGGAGUCUACAAGCGCGAGGCAAGAACUACCAUUUUGGCGCAGCGGGGCCACAGGGAAAGGAUUGGGAAGAGAGGCAGAGGAGGGAUGAGGCGAUUAGUAUAUUGGAGAGUGAGGAGAUGCUUAUGUGGAUUGCGGGUGUGAGGAAUGAGAGUAUACCGCAAACGCGCGCACACUAUCGGAACGUCGUUCUUGGCCUUACGAAAUGGGAGAAAGAUGUUGUAGCUUGGCGUGAUGAGUGGGAGGUUCAAGGCUCGGCAGGUGGACCCGCAGAAGGGCAGAGUGUGGCAGGUGGAAGUCCGGCGAGAAGUGCGAAGGGCAAGGAGAGGGAUCUCGCCAAGAUGAGAAAGAGGGUUAGUUCUGGACAAGGGCACGGUUGA